GCAAACCAACCAACCAACCAAACAAACAAAAAAAAUAACAAACUUCCCUCGGCGCUGAAAGUGGCAGGAAAGUGCCUGGCAAGUUGCAGGGAUGGAGCUACACAGCUUGCAGGAGGCGUUAAAAGUGGAAAUCCCGUGCCAGCAGAAACUAGUUGCACAGAUGAAGCAAGAUCCACAGAACGGGGAUCUUAAGAAACAAAUCCAUGAAAGGCAAUCAAGAAUAGCAGCUCUUAAUGAGAAACAAAAGCUGGCGGUGCUGGUGGGCAGCGGCUCCAGCGGCAGCGCCAAGCCCGGCGUGGUCCCGGCGCUCCUGAAGGCUCCGGGCGGCGGCGGCAGCCCCGGCGGCAGCCCCGGGCACAGCCUGCCCCUGGCCGGGCACAGCCUGCCCCUGGCCGGGCACAGCCUGCCCCUGGCCGGGCACAGCCUGCCCGUGCCCGCGCUGCCCGCCCGGGCGCCCAUCGCCGUGGUCACGGCCACCCUGCACGGAGCGAUGGGCGCGGAGCCCCCGCAGAGCGCGCCCGUCAACCUGCAGGGCACGGGCAGGGCGGGGGGCGCCCGAAGAGCCCCCGACAUCGGCUCCGGCGCUCAGACUUUGGGAACUAUCACUGCAGUGCCCAUUAAGGUUCCUCAGGUCAGCUCCUUGCAGAGGUUGGCAGGACAAGGACCAGCAGUGCUACCUCAGGUUAGGCCAAAGACUCUGAUUCCAGACAGCCUCCCUAUCUCCCCGUGCAGAGACCAACCUUCCAAGCAGCCUCCCACCUUCCAGAAGGCGACCGUAGUGAGCAUCAAGAACCCCAGCCCCGCGCUCCCGACCGCCAACAACACCGUCAGCCAUGGACAGCCGCCCCACAGCCAGGCCCAGAGCGUCAGCGAGCCCCUGCCCUCCCCUCUGAGCAGUGCAGGGGUGGCCUACGCCAUCAUCUCCACCUCCCCCAGCAAUGCAGCCCCCAUCAGCACCAGCGCCGCCGUCUCCGUCGUCAACGACAGCAUCAAGGUGCAGCCGCUCCUCAUCAGCGCCGACAGCAAGGUUAUCAUUAUUCAGCCUCAAGUCCAAACCCAGACAGAAAGUAAAGUGGAGACAAAGAAACCUCCUGAAGAGUCAGCUCAGGGACCCCCUGCUACCAAAAAGAAAAAGGAGGAAAAUCCAGAGAAAAUAGCCUUCAUGGUAGCGUUAGGACUGGUUACAACGGAACAUUUGGAAGAAAUCCAGAGCAAGCGUCAGGAAAGAAAGAGAAGAAGCACAGCCAAUCCAGCCUACAGUGGACUCUUGGAAACAGAGCGGAAACGCCUCGCGUCGAAUUAUUUGAAUAACCCCUUGUUCCUCUCCACAAGAGCAAAUGAGGAUCCAUUCUGGAAGAGUGAGAUCCACCACGAUGAGCACUGCACUGCUUGCAAGCGUGGAGUUAACUUGCAGCCCUGUGGCACAUGUCCCAGAGCAUAUCACCUCAACUGCUUGGACCCACCCCUCAAAACUGCCCCCAAGGGGGUCUGGGUCUGCCCAAAGUGCCAACAGAAGGUGUUAAAGAAAGAUGACAACGUGCCAUGGACUGGAACUCUGGCUAUUGUUCACUCCUAUGUUACUCAUAAAACAGUCAAAGAAGAAGAGAAGCGAAAGUUAUUAAAGAGAAGCAGUGAGCUGAAGAGUGAGCACAGGCAGUUAGAAGAAAAAGAUCGACUUCUCAACAAUGCAGUGAAGAAAUGCUUAGAGCUAAAAACCAGCCUGUUGGCCCAGCAGAAAGGGACUCAGUCAUCACUGGAACGUCUCAAAACCCUCAUUAGACUGAUACAAAGCGAGCAGAUGAUUCAGGUUACCAUGACGACCACCACCACCUCCUCCCUGCUGUCGGUGCCCUGGAUCAAGCCCUCCCCGGGCCCCGCUGCCACGCACAAAGCCCUGCAGCCAUCGCAGGGCAACAACUGACAGCGCCGGCCCAGGGCAGCGGGAACUUUGUGCACGUGAGCGGAGCAGAGAUCCCACGGGACCGCGGGAGGGGAGGAGCGCUCUGGGUUUGGACGGAGGCUUGCACAUCAGCCAGCCCCGUUUGCAGGUGGCUGUGGCAGCGGGUUCCCCACGGAGCGGGUCGUGCUGCGGGUUUUGCGUCUGCCAGGACCUUCCGUGCUUAUGAGAUUUUGUUUUGUUCUGUUGGCCUUAAAUUGUCUUCGCGCCCGAGGAUGAGCGGGAGGAGCGCGGCCGGUGGGGAGAGGGAUAGUGGGGGGCAGGCAGGCUCUCUGUCCUGCUUUGAGGGGGGAGUUGUCAAUGCAAAGAGUUAGUGAGGUAGUGGGGAAGUAGUGGGGCUGAAAGCUGUGUGUGGGAGGGGAAUUGGGAUCCCCGAGGUAACCGGGAACUGAACUACUUAGGACUUGACACGGAUUGUUUUCAGAGGAACAAAGUUGGCCCCGUGGGUUCGGGGCCGUCACGGACACUCACAGAGCCUUCGAAACAAAAAGAUCCUUUUUUUCAGUAUUAUUAGAGUUGAGAAUUGCAGAUAUUUAAAUAAAGAAACUGUAUGAAGUUAGCGUUUCUAGUAAAAUAUUGAAGUAUUUUCAUGCUGAUGCUUCUGUAUAUGCGUUCCGAAGUAUUUAAAGAAGUAUGACUGUAAAACUCCUUACUUUUUUGCAGGUCCUUUUUACUUAUUUUGCUAUCAGUGUAUUUUUCUCAUGGAGUUUUUGUGCAAGAUUUAGCAUAAACCAUGAUAGUGGAUAUCUUUGGCAGGUUGGGUUUCAUUUUUUAAAGAGGUUAUUUUGGGGUUUUCUUUUUUUUGUUGUUGUUUAAUUUUGGAUUUAUUUUUUUUAAAGGAAAAAAAAAAGCAAAUAAUUAUUCUGGGUUUUGUUUCUUGACAGUACAGAUGAUAUGCCAAAAAGAUAACUUUACAUUUUUGUACUGCAUUUUUAUUGUUAAAAAUACGUAGCGUGAUUUUUUAUUUUUUUUUUCGCUUGUAGAAAUAUCUGCUGAAAUGGUACAGGAAAAGAAAAAAAACUGCCUCAAGGGGUUGUUUCUGGAACUGGAUAAUAUCAAGAGUUCUGGGGGAGGGACAGGGCAUGGAAAAUUGAAAGGGGUGGGGGUUGGUUUUUUUUGGAAACUUGAUUCUUUAUUAAUGUUUUGUUGGAUUUUAGCAUAUCUGGGGAGCGUUUAGCGUUAGCCUGAGGAAACCCCAGUGCGCCUGCUGGUUUCACUAGAUAGUCUUCCUGAUUCUGCAAGGGCCCUCCUGGCCCCCCCAGGCCACGGCCCCCCUUCCUGUGGCUGCCUGGGAAGGGAGUGAUGGGCACCCCGGUUUUCCCAGAGCACCCCCCGGUGCCCCCGUCCCUGCCCUCUCUGAGGUCUCCGUCAAUCAGCACAACAGGUACUUAAGGAAAGCCACCAGGGCACUGCAGGAGGCUGGUCUCUCACAUCAACAUAUCACACGGUGCCGAAUACCUUCUUUUUUUGUUGUUGUUGUUGUCGCUGUUUUUAAUUAAAAAAAAAUAAAAAAAAAACCCACACGAGGGACUGGCUUUUUUUCUGUCGCCCAUCACCAGGCAGCACGUGGUCCCUUCAACCAUUUUCACAACUCCGGGAGAAACUGUGCAGUACUAUACAAAUCUAUUUUAAUACACAACACUCGGUUGAACAAGAUUUUUAUAUUCUUUUAUUGAUGAACAAAGUGAACUAAGUAAAAAAAAACCACAAUUGUUAUACAUUGGUUAUUGUACGCCAAUUAUGCAUUCUGACGUGGCUUGCAAUGUAAAUGUUUUCAGGUUUAAUGAGUUUUCUUUUUCCUUCUCAGAUGAAUUUAAAAAAAAAAAAAAAGGAAAAGCGUGGAAGGUUGAAUAUGUGAAGAAUUUCUGAAGAACUGUCUUGGACUGUUAAAAGUAGUUAUUUUGAAAAGGGGACUGUCCAGUGGAUAGUGUGCAUAGGAAAAAAAAGUGUUUGUCUUAAAUAUGCCAAUGUAGUUUUACUUCUUUAUGAUGCAUUAAACUUGACUGACAAUUUAA